AUGUCUCAGUCCUGCCUUCCAAGCAACUUUGUCAGACAAGGACCAGACAGGAAGGCUGUUGCGGACCCAUCAACUUUCUCAGGUAGUUGUGAUGAUCCAUUGAGAGGUGGCAGAGACAACACCAGUAGCAGCACCAGUAAUCUUGUGGAUAACAAUGCUGCUGAGUCCCAUCCCCUCACCACUGACACCUGCCCAACCAGCACUUCAAACAUAACCCUCACUGCUCCUCCCGUCCAUCGGCAAUCAUCUACCGGUCGGCUGGCCAGAAGUCUGCAGUUGAGAACGAUCAGUGACGAGGCUCAAUCCAUGUCGAUGAUUGUUCAUCCUGGUAGUGUGCGCAGGAAUUAUGAGCCUGUACAUCAGGAGAUGGAGAACUCAACCAGUGUACCCACAACACCUGUCCCAUCAAAUCCAGCACCGCGGGCCAUAGACUACAAUAUCUAUGCCACCAAGAAGACAGUCUCCCAGGGUUUAUUGGCUGUUGCUCUUCUAAUGGCCAAUGCUUCACAGCUUAAGAGUCUUGUCAGCAUUGGCCAUGAGUUCCGCUUCUUCCGUUUUGUCACAGCCCUCAUCAUCAUCUCCAUCUCCUUACAGUUGGUCACUGGUGUCUUCCUUCUCCUCCUCGGCAGAGACAACCUGAACGAUGUCUACCGGCAACACCGGCUAGACCGUCUCAACAACUGGACAACAGGAUUCGUCUUCACCAUUGUGGUCAUCAAUGUCUUCAUUGCAGCCUUUGGAUUACAGAGUUGAUCUGUCAAGUAUGACAGUGGUGUCAUAAAGACAUAGUAUAGAACGCAGCAGAUUUCAGGAUUUCUUUACAAGGCACGGGUAUUUGUUUUAAUAACAGGAUUCAUGAUAGUUUGUUUAGACAGGUUUUUUUAGUGUUGAGUUACCCUCUGUUGGUAAUGAUGUGCCAAAAAAAGUAGCAUGCCAUGGUUAGUACUUAGUUGGAUCAGUACAUGUGAUUCUACAGUACAUGUUGCAUAUUGGAGACUAACAUGACCUACAUGUAUUCAACUUAAUACGUACUUGCUUUUUCUGUUCCUCUCUUCCACUGCUGAAAUUAUGUACAUGUAGAUAGAAAGGAUAUCCACCAGGAACUGUAUUGACAUCUCAGUACAAUAUGAUACAUAGCCAUAGUCCAUGAUUACACCAUUUAUUUCCUGUUUCAGAAGUUCUAAAUGUAAAUAACUGUGAGUGUGUGCUUAUGCACUCUGUGGUUAAAUGCAAUUUGGUUUGUGUGUGUGUCUGUGUGUGACCAAUGCUUAGAGUUGACAGAUGUACAUGUACUCUUCUGGGUGUCUUCAUUUUGUGAUGCAGGUGCAUAUUGUGAAUAUUAUGAUAUGUGCAUGCCUAGUGGGUAUGAAUUGGAAUGAACAAAACAAAACAUCCUGGUACUUUAAGGAUUAUCUAGAUUUCUGGAUUGGACAUCUGAAGGCCAGGUUCAAUAACCUCCGUGUAUUAACAAGGGAGCACAUCAUUUACAAUCAACAAUCUGUCUUAGAUUGACACACCACGUGUAUCAUACAUACAGGGUAUGUUGUUUGUUCAGCUCUCAUAUAGUACACAAAGUCAUUUGAUAAAUCUGGAGUAUACUCAUGUUAGAAGCAGGUACUGGUAUACAUGUACAUUGUGUGGUGCCUAUUCACAUAUUGCACCAUGGUUUCUCCAUUGGUGGCCACGGGGGGGCACAUUUGCAUGGAAUGGAUGAGGCCCCUAACCUGGGGUAGCAUUCACUGCAGUUUCCUCAAAGGUGGAAGUUUUGUGAGGCUGGUUUCUUGGCAGGGCAUUGCCACAUUACACCUUUUGUCCUCAGUGCUUGAAUGUUUUUCAGUGGACUGAAUGUUAUCAGGCUUGAAUUCAUUAAUCCAAAUUGUCAUUGACUAUAAGUAUUUUAGUUACAAGGCAUUCACGGUAAAGGUUUCAAAUGAGGGAUUAUCAAAUGGGCAUUUUACCUGCUCCAGGCCCCAUAUGUUAAGGAUUAUACUGUCCAUCCUAGAGUACAGUAUAUGCAUGUAGUGUGUCUGGUUAUGAUCCUCCAGUAAAUGAUACUUGUAGAUUGUAAAGAGAGCCAUCCUCAAAAUCACAACAGGUUCCCAAGGCCAAAUGCAUUUGGUCAGUCACACCAUGGAGCUAGGACUAGGUGGUCAUGCCAUUGUUCUGUGGUCACAUAAUGGCCACACUGGCCACAGCAAUCACCUCCAUCACUCACUGUCCACCCAGUGACCGGCCAAUUUGCAUUCAGGGUAGCCAGGUCAGUGGUAUAUUAUCCAAAAACAUUUAGCCCACCUUCCCAGUGACCUUGUCUGUCAGUGGUCUGUCUGACAGCCAUUGGUUAAUAUGUAAUGGAUGAUGAUGACCUCUGUAAGGAUUCUCCAGCUGGCUGACCUCUGUCCAGUAUGUCUCUAUCAAAUCUUGAAACAAUUUGAAGACUUUACUGAAAUGCUCUGUGAGUUUUAUCUCAGACUACAUCCAAAUGUGGUGUCUAGAGCUACGGUAGGUCUAAGUCCUCUCUUUAUUGGAAAUACAUGGAGGCAUACAGACAGUAGAGCUAGCCGUAGCUCUGGAAGUCCAUUUUGGACAUGGCCUAAGCCCUGUGCACUGACCAUCUAUGCAUGACAAGGCACUGCUUACAUGAACACCAGUAAUUACUGAAGUCUUUGAUAUCUUCAUGCUCAUAUGAAACAUUCACAUGCAUACCAUAUCCAAAGUUUUGUUGAAUUGUCAGCAUACAUGUAUUACAUCUAUUUUGAUCAUGAUUUUAUGUCUUACAGUUGAAAAGGGUUGACACCUUACAUUUCACUUUAGUAAUAAAGGUAUUGCCUUGUGCACAAUGUACUAAAGAUUGGGGGGGUGUGAGACGGGAGGUGUGAGACAGUAGAUGCACUGGAGCUGUGAGUGCUGCCUCAAGAGUGUACUCUGUAACGACUGACCUUGCAUGAGUACAUGCACCCUCUGUCUUUAGUUUGCACAAAUUCUGUUUUGAAGAAUUUGGCAGAAAAGUUGGUGAAACGUGAGUCUAACUCCUGUACAGUCCCCACAGCCAUGUGAGCCAUGUAUCCUGGUUGUUCAGUUUAUCUUCUUCCUUUGGUGUUUUGUAUCUGUCCCGAAAUAUAACCCUGUUUUUAUUCUAAGCCCCUUGUUGGUCUGGCACCCAGACCCACAGAGUCCUAGAUGCUGCUUUUAUAUCAAUUGGUCAGGUUUUACUGGGGUUUCCCUGACCAGUUAAAUACUUUACCAUACUGUCAUGGUAAUUGUUCUGAAUUCUGUGGCACGUAUCCUUUCGUGUGAUUGGAUAAACAUGCCAGAAUCCUUCAUGUGUAAGGUCUAAUGUAGUGGAGGGCCACAUAUUCAUGCCAUGUACAUUUAAUAAUUUAUGUCAGACUAUUUAUUGAAAAUCUGUUACUCGAGUAAUUUAAUUGUAUUUAUUAAAAUAAAGAUUGUUUGGGUUUUGAUUGGUCUGCAGAUACCAGGCUACAGUGGAGUUAAAUUUAUUUUUUGUAUUGCAUAUUUACAAUGUACAAAUGCAUGAAAGUACUACUUUAAAUGUUUGCACUUUUUCAAUCUGUUAAAGGUUACAUUGUUCACAGUUUAUUUCUACAUGCUGAAAUUACUUCUGGUAAAUAGAAUGGUUUAAUAGAAAAAGAACGAAAUGAUACUCCCCCUGCAUUACAUUGACAGGAAGCUACUAGUAUGUCACGUGCUUUGCAAUUAAUGUUUGCCUGGCAGGAUCAGUGCUCUGUGUAAAAUUUCUCUCCACGUGCUAAUCUCAAUUUCUCACUGUCAAUUUUUCCCCUCAGAUCGGAUUCAAGGCCUGAACUACUUUUUUUAUAACAGGAUUCUUGUCUGGGGUCCUGAGGACCUAAAGUCAUUGGGGACGUGUCUUGGUUGUUGUGACCUACCAUCUGUGAUAAAUGUUUGGGGACAUGGCUAGCCAUGUGUCACUUCCUUGUCAUUGGGGUACAUGCUACCCACACCUGAUCUGCAUGAUUGUGUCUCGUGACAGGUCAGAAGUGAUAAGGUCAGAUGUGUAAUGAAACAGGAUCUGGCAAGUAAUGACAUUCCUUGCCUUGUGACUGUGUUCACAAUCUUGUCAAGGAACUCCUCUGCCAAGAACCAUCAACUGAUCAAUAUGACUUGCCAUUUUGCAAAACAUCUGUAUCAGAGAUCUUUUUUAGAAUUGGUCCCAGCCCUGUGAAAGUAUCCUCUUAUCGCUCUGUAAGAAAUUUAUAAUCGUGAGGGAGCACAUCUUUGCUUUCAGAAUGAAGUCCAAUGGUAACAAACAUUACAUGUACCAGUAAAUGAUGGGCUCACAUGUGGCAUAUUCAUGCAUAGCAUACAUUUAGACCCUGUUUGAACCUAACUACAGCAAGGGAUUGUGAAAUUCACAUUCUAAAUUGGCCAACUGUUUAACAUCUCUAUGCACAAUAUCUACCUGUGUACAGAAUCUAUCUGUACUUCCAGCAACAUGAGAAUUAAUCUUAAUAGAUAACAGUUCUGUGUCAGGAUCGGAUACAACUGGUACUGUAUUUUCUGUUUGCUCACAAGAUAAGACAGGUUUACUUAACACCGAUUAUAUUCAUUUUAAUCUGAUCACAGGACUUAGUGUAAUGUAUUCAUCUACCCAGAGGAGUGUGUGGUAUGGUAGAGGGUGUAAUUUGUGUAGGAGUAAUGAGUACUUGAGCUAGACAAGUAUAUAAAAUAAUUGACGAUCAUGUUGUGCAAUAUUUGUGGUAAAGUACAUAUCCUUUAGAGCCCUUUCCUUCAUUGGGGGUCUUAAAUUGGAUUAGAACAUGUGCAUGUAUAUGUCUGCAGUCAUGAAAAUGGAGGCUAGUUCAUCUAUUUAUUUAAAUUGGUAAUUUGACUGAUAUCAAUAUCAGAUGAUGAUGUGACAUAGCCAAAGUUGUAUAGCAGUGUAGAGAAUAAAUAAUAAUUGAAGUUCACCCAGACCAAAUA